AUGGCGGAGGGUGAGGCCACACCCCCAGCUCGCAUAAAGUGUCGUUGGACAGAAGACGGGGCCCGUAUCGUACAAGGAUCUCUACCUAACAAUAUUAACUUUUUGCAUCGUAUAUUUCUGCAAUCUCUCGGCGACGAAGACUUGCCGGUGGUUAUUAAUAAGUUAAUUCUAGGUGUUGCCAUAGAAUUCGAGGACACGUUCCAAAUGAAUUUCCCAAAAGUUGAAGGUGACCAGAGUAAGAAGGCCGUGCUAUCAACGAUCGGCGCAGCCGCUGACGACAGUCUUUGUUACACACUGACAAAAUGCCAACUAGCAUUAAGUAUUCUACGUGUUAUAGAAUGUAGACCACGACAGUUACCGAAAAUAGCACAAGCCGAUGAUUUAAGAGGGUAUUUAAUUAGACGAGGUAUUGACCCACUUACAGGGGAGACUUUAGUAACGUCAGCUUAUAAGAAAGAAGACCACAUCUUUGAUGACUUACGCGACGGUAAUACACUUGCCGCUAUCGACCAGGCCAAGACAGCUGACCUGCUCUCAGUUCGAAAUGGUUUAACAUUACUCCACCAGUCAAUACUCUGUGAGAAUGUUCUGUUCCUAUUCACACUAUUCAAGUAUUCGGAUUUCUACUCCCUGCUGGAUAUCCCUGUCUCAAACCCCAAUCAUGAAUUUGAUGGAUGUAUUGCCAUGCAGAUCGCAGAAGUAUUGGGGAAUGAUACCUUGAUCAGCAAACUUCAGUAUUUGUCCGAUAUCGAGGGCAGUUUCACGUUAUUACACAAAGCAGCGCGUGCGGGGGACCAAGAUGCAGUUGAACGAAUCUGUCAGAAUGGCGACAACGUUAAUAUAAAAGGUAGCAAUGGUAUAACGCCUAUUUCCGUUGCAUGUGGUGCUGGUCGACUUGGUGCUGUGAAAGUCCUGUCUCGUUACGGUGCUAAUCUGAAUACCCGCAAUGACCGUGGCGAUACACUGCUUCACCGAGCAGCAGAGGGCGGACAUGUCAGCAUUGCUAAGUUUCUGUUGUCGCAUAACAAGAAAAUUGACGUUAAUUCUCACAACUCGGAAAUGAUGACACCACUGCAUCGAGCUGCAUAUAGUGGCAGUGACCCCAUUGUUAAAUUGCUCUUGGAGAACGGCGCAGUUGUCAAUGUAUCCUCUGAUGAUGACGCCACUCCCAUGCACCUUGCAGCAUAUAAUGGCCACCCCAUCACUAUGCAGUUAUUAAUAGAUCAUGGAGGCUCCGUGGACUCGCUCACUAAAGAUGGCAAAACCCCUCUUCAUUAUGCUGCUGAGGAGAAUCGAAUUGCAAUUGUAAAGUUGCUGCUGGAGAAAAAAUGCUUGAUUGAUAUCUAUGACGAUGAAAGCAUGACACCAUUACACUUAGCAGCAAGUAAGGGUAAUGUUAAAGUGGUCGAGUUGCUUGUAAAUGGCGGGGCUAUGGUUAAUGCAGUAACAAAAGAAAAGGUUGCUUCCUUGCAUUAUGCAGCUGAAUUGAACAAGAUACCUAUAGCAGAUUGUCUCAUCAUCAAAGGUGCCGACAUAGAUGUUAAAGAUGUUGAUGGUUAUACACCACUGCACUUCGCAGCUCUUGAAGGAAAUAAUGAAAUGGUGGAUUUCCUUGUUGGUAAAGGGGUGGACAUGAAUGGUGAGACAUUUCAUGAGAAGAUAACUCCUUUGUGGAUCGCAUUAGAAAAGUCUAAUGAAGAGACAGCCAUAAUGUUGAUUCAACGUGGUGCUAACAUAAAAACUGCUGAUCAACAUGGGCAAACAGCUUUACACUUGGCUGCAAUCAAUGGUCUUCUAACAGCAGCCAUAUUGCUAGUUGAGAAAGGUGCAGAUGUAAAUGCAUUGAAUGACACCUUCUCUACUCCUCUGCACUGUGCAACCAUUGGUGGACAUAUGAGCAUAACUCGAAUGCUGGUAAACAAGAAUGCAGUGGUGAACUCUCUAGACAAUGAGUCGUGGUCACCGGUAUUUUAUGCUGUGCAACAUGCACACUAUGCGAUGGUUGAAGUACUUCUUAACAGUAAGGCUAAUGUCAAUGAAUCUGAUGCUUAUCUGCAGACACCCCUUCAUCUUGCUUCCCAGCUUGGGCAUUUCUCGAUUAUUGAAUUACUGCUCAAGAAAGGAGCUGAUCACAAAUCUGUAACUGAAGAUGGUAGAUCUGCACUACACAUUGCAUCCAUGAACGGGCAUGAUAAGAGCGUCAAAGUGUUGAUAAAACGAGGAGCAAACGUUCAUGCACGUGACAAACAUGACUACACUGCUCUACACAACGCCACAUGUAAUGGUCACGUGACAGUUGUUGCAAUACUGCUAGACAAAGGCGCACAUGUUAACGCUCAGACUACGACCCAGUCAACAGCCCUACAUCUUGCAUCUGAGAAGGGGUACAUCGCUAUUAUGGAAAUUCUGAUUGAGCGAGGUGCAUUUAUUGAUAUUGGUAAUGAUAAAAACUAUACACCAUUACAUUGCGCUGCAGAAUCUGGGCAGGUUGAUGCAGUGGAAUUACUCAUUUCUGAGGGCGCUUCAGUAUAUGAACAGACCCACACCCGCUGGACUCCGCUGCACCUGGCUGCACUGCAUGCAAACGACCACGUCCUUGAGAUGCUUAUCCGAUAUGGUGCGGCGUUAGAUGCUCAAGACAUGGAUAGAGAAACAGCGCUUCACAAUGCUGCCAGUAAAGGUCAUCUCGAUAUAAUUCGUAUCUUACUGCAAGGUGGUGCUUUUAUUGAUCCAAGAAAUCUCCAAGGUUUUACACCUCUCCACAUAUCGUCCAAAGAGGGACAUGUUGCAUCUGUGGAGCUGUUGUCUGAUCUUGGUGCGCAAGUAAACGCGAGAACGCAAGAAGGACAGACGCCACUACACCUGGCCGCCUUGGGAGGGUUUGUUGAUGUCAUAGCUGAGUUGCUAGAUCGUGAAGGUGACGUCAACGCUAGAGACAAUGAUAACUGGUCUCCUCUUCACUUUGCUAGGGAGCAUCAGCAUAAGGAAGCCGUCAAUUUAUUGCUACAAAAUGGCGCAUAUGACGCAAAUGCGUAG